UGGCUCAGUCCACUGCUGGCAGCCUGUUGAGAGCCAUGACAGAUGGAAAGGGAGCGUAUGGCUGAAACACUACCAUCUUUGACUUUGCCGACAGUUGUCUUCCCAAAAUAGCCCGGACUCCACGGCCUUAUACGUGCAGGCCUCCAGCAUGUGCCUGAGAAGGCAUCAUGUAUCUAGGUCACACAAUACAGGCUGCGGGCUCAUUGUUAGUGCCUACCAGCAGGCCUAUCACUGCCUCAGGGACGAGGGCCCUCUUUCUGUCUUGGCACGGCUCACCAUGCACCUCACCCAGCUUAACCACGAGUGUCUCCUCCACCUUUUCUCUUUCCUGGACAAGGACAGCCGGAGGAGUUUGUCCCUCACCUGUAACCAGCUGCGCGAGAUCUUCAUGGACCCCUGUCUCUGGAACCUACUCCACUUCAGCUCCCCGUGUCAACUGAAGGGGGACAACUUUGUACUGGGACCCUCAUUGCGCUACUUGACUAUUUGCUGGUAUUCCAGCCGGGUCCUGCAGGUGUGCAACAUCGAGGACUGGCUGAAGACCUCGUUUCAGAGGGACAUCUGCAGCAAACACGAGAGCCUGGUCAGCAGAUUCUUGGCCCACGUCUGCCACACGUGUCCCAACCUGCUCAAGCUCACCCUGUCUGGCUGUGGACACAUCACUGACCAGGACGUGAUCUCCGUGCUGCGGAGCUGCAGGAAGCUGCGCUGCCUCCACCUGGAGAACUGCGUCCGCAUCACCGACCGCAGCCUGGAAGGUGUGGUGGCCCACGGAGACGGUCUGGAGGAGGUGACGGUGGACUUUUGCAGGAACAUUACUCAGACGGGGCUGCAGACUGUCAGCGACAAGAGCCCUGGCAUCCAGCUGAGCGCAGAGAGGAGCGCUGGUAUGAUCCCUGACAGCACGCCUGAGAAGAGAGAGCCACUUAGGAGGACGCUGCAGAAAGUCCUGCUGUUCUCCUGAGGGGAGAGCAGCUUCCCGUCACAUCAUUUAAGGACUUGUCUGUGUUCUGUUUUGCUUUUGAGUUUGUAUUUGUACUUUUGAUAUCUUUUUAUCCAGCAAAUUAUGUUGGAUAUGAAUAUUCCUUACGCAUUUUUUUUAAGCCUUCUUUAUUCCAUGUUGUUCUAAUCAGGGAGUAUCACACAGACACACACACACAUGGACAGACACUCAUAACCAAGUCUUAUAUGUCACAGGAGGACUUAUCAGUAACUGUAAACGUUUAAAUGGUGGGUCUAUAUGAUUUGAUGCAUCACUAGGGAAAAUAUGCUCAUUCACUUUGUCACCAAGAGUUAGAUGAGAAGACUGACUCCACUGUCGUGUCCGUGCAGUAAAUGUGCUAUAGCCAACAGCCAAUCAGCUUUGCAAUAGCUUAACUUAGCUCAUCACGGACUGGAAACAGAGGGAAACAGCUAAGAUAGGUUAGCUGUAUCCAAAAGUAAAAACAUAAAUGAAUCAACAAGCAGCACCUCUAACUCAUUCGUCUAUUACCACUUUAUACAAAAGAUAAACAAAAACAACUUGUUCUGCGUUUUAUGAAGAGGAAUGUGUUUUGGACUAUUUCUUGGCAAGAAGCAGUUGCCAGGCAACCAGAAUUCUUCCUGGUUAGUCUCCCUGUAAAACGACGAAACACGUUUUUUUUUAGUUUUUGCGUAAAUGAAAAAAAAACGAAAUAUAACUUGUUUAUAUUUGAACCAGAGAACGAGUAGCUUGCUCCAGUUACAUAUGUACAAUGCAGGUGUGAGGGUGGCGUCAAUCAUCUCAACUAUGGCUAUCAACUAGCAUCGUAGUUGAAUUAAAACAUAACCUCCCCCUAGGGUGUUGUUGAUCACCUCCACGGCACAAAAGAACGAAAGCCAUGUGUCGACACUGUGUCUUCUCUCAUGGUAAGACAUGUCAGCGCUGAGAGGACGGCUUCUCCUCGGGGCAAAGUGGCCUGGUGCCUGAGCUCUGAUUGGAAUCGUGUUAUAUAAGACUGUGAGAAAGUAGGUUGAUUAGGGGGGUGCGUCUCUCUGUAAAUGCCAUGUGACUGUUUUAUUUGCCGACUGUUGCUGUAGAGCGCUCCACAUCCUGUGACGUCUAAAGAAUUACCAUAUGUUCUCACAAGGUCAACUUAAUCAAGAAUAAGCUUUUCCCCCCAUUUGUGCAGGACGUGUGCUUUUAUACUAAUACUGUAUGUGGCAGAUUUACUGUGUGUUUCUAUCUUUUUUUACUUAUUUAUUGGCUGAAAAAUAGAAAGUCAACCAUUUUGUGAUGGACAGUUGGGUUUUUUCUGACUGUAAAUUCGAAACUUCAUAUUCAUAAUAAACAUACAGAAACUAGAAAACCUGUUAUAGUUUUGAGAUUCAAAAUAUUUGGAAAAGCUACUCUCAUUCUAUGAUGUAGUUCAAUAUAUGAUAAUGAUAAUAAUUAUUAAAUAAGUUCAUUUGGUGCUAUAAUUAAAAAACAAAUACACACAUAAAUAAGUUUGACUCCUUGUAGAAUAACUAAUAUGGGAAAAUGAGCCAUCAACAGUUCUAUAUGAAAUAUUAUUGCAGUAUUAUUGCACUGAUGAUUGUUAAUCAGCUUCAUUAUACCUAAUAUUUUUAAUUCAAUUUUUCUUUUAUGAAGUACGUUGAAGGGUCAUUUAACUCUUCCAAGUAAAACCAAAAUUUUGCAUACUGGGUUGAUAGCUGAGAGUGGGAAACAAUAGAAUUAGAUAGUCAUAAUAUAUUCAUAAUUUUUCUUCAUGAUCCCUCUCUGGGAUCCUUAUACUACUUUAUAUAGAAGGCUUACUGAAAACCAUUGAACAGUACACAAUGGUGACAAAGGAAAGCCCCCGAAUGCGGGUUAGGAAUGCUGGGUGCUGUUUUCCAUUAACAGUAAUGCUAUUGCACUGAAACAGAGGCUACGGUUUAUUAUUCACUAUCAAGAAACAUGCCUUGGUUGCAAAGUGCUUGCCCGGAUCGUCCAUUGAGAGUUAUGAGUUCCAGAUGGGGAAACUGCCUAGGCACAUCCGGAUGGACUGAAACAUUGUCAAAGCGCCACUGCUCGGCUUGCUUCUACUCGGGGCAGGUUCUCUUAUGGUCCUGUGGUUUCAAAAGAAGACAGUCUUGACGGACCUGUUGCCCAGAUGCAUGUCCGUCACCAUGUUUAGCUGUGCGAGGAAGCUGCGGCCUUUUUGCUGCCACACCAACACUGAUGCGUGUAACAUUGUAUGACUCCUCAUUCAUGCAGCUCAUUCAUUAUAUCUGAAUUGUGAAUGAAGUAUCCAAGCACAGCCUUUCUCUUCUUUUACAAUCCAGGGAAAAGGAAUGAUUUGUACGAACGAACAAAAGGCAACCUUGUGUGUGAAAAGAGUGGCUACUAUGUUGGACCCGGAGAGAAAGGCUCGCUCUGAGCUGGACAAGCACUUUCUGUGUGAAUGAUUUGAUAUUUAAAUGAUGCAAUCUCCUGAAUACAUAAUAAAGGAAUCCCCAGUUUC